AUGAGUCUGGUACUAGAUGAUAUCAUCCUCUCACUGACAAAUGCUAACGAACGAACACCUCCACAGACCCUAAAGACUACCUUAUGCCUGCUUUACGAAAAAUCGAAACAAUAUGGUCUCUCUUCAUCGCAGCUACAAGCGCUUGUACGGUUGCUCUGUGAAACUUCCAUAAUUGAUACAGUGACUAAGGUGUACAUUGUGGAAAAUUGUUUUUUUCCCGACGAUUAUCUGACUAAGGACCUCAUUUUGGAAGUUAUUAACCAUCUGGGUGCGCCAACAGCGUUCUCCCGAUAUCGCAUACAAACCCCCCCGGCUUUACAAUCCGCACUGUGCAAAUGGCUGGUGCACGUCUUCUUCCUAUUUCCAGUAUCGUCGGAAAGGGGCCACGGCAUAUCCGGCUCUGUCUGGUUGCAUUUAUGGCAAUUUUCUUUCUUGCAAAAAUGGAUAACUUACUUGAUUAUUUGGCAAGCCACCACCUCUAUCGAUGUCAAAUCUUGGAAGUUGUUCAUCAUCAAAAAAUGUGCCAUGAAUCCAGGAUACCGGGACGCUCCUGCUGCGGCGACUUUGAUUUUGCAACGGUAUCAGUGUCUCGUGGGUGCCUCGAACCAAAUCACAACAUUGAUAGUAACUAUCAACUGUAACAGAAAAACUUUAAAGAGUCACAGAAAUUUGCAACUGAAUACGCAUUUUUUAUCCAUUUUGAAACGAAUAUUAUCCAGAACCCACCCAGGCAAUUUCCCCGCUGAAACUGUUCAGAACACAAUUGACAUGUAUUUGAAUGAAAUUCAUCAACUAGGAACUGUGUCCACACGCCCGCUCCGACUUCAGUCGUUGCCAGGAUAUUCUUCCUCGAACGGUAUGGUGUCGCUGUUGGAUAUUACCUCAUUGGAGCAACUAGCUCAGAACUGGUCACGGCUACAUAUUCCCAAUGACGUGGAUUAUAUGAUGACUUCAUCUUCAAACGGUAAUCUCCUACUAAACCCGAGAGCCAUAUCUAGGGAAUCUCUCCAGCAUUUAUACUCUAGUAUCAUUCUCAUCAAAAGUGGCCGUAAUAAAUCAUCAUCACCAUAUGAAUGGUGCAUUUGGCAAUUGAAACGAUGUUUCGCACACCAGAUAGAGUAUCCUCGAGAAACAAUGGCCACUGUCGUCUCUAUCUCUUCGAUGGAGAAUGAACUGUCUUCGCAGAUUAUUCAAGCAGUUUUUAGUUUAAAAUAUUUAAAGCUUGACGAGUUUACUUUGAAAAUAAUAUGUUCUGGCAUCUUGCCAUUAUGGAAACCCAAAUUAAUCAGUGGUACAAGAGAACUUUUCGUUAGAUUUAUGGCUGGCGUACUUUUGUGGAGCACUGGAAAUGGCCAUGGUAAUGAUCAAAUAUUUCCUGAGAUUUGUUUUUAUUUUUUACAAAUGAUUAAAAACUGGGCUUUUGAUGACAAAUUAAUGACGCUCGGACUGACACUGCUACAUGAUAUUCAAAGCUUGCUUACUUUAGACAAGAUUUUCAACAAUUCCACUUCAAACCGAUUCUCUACGAUGGCCUUGAUUACUACAUUGAGAAUUUUAACCCAGUUGUCACUACAGAGUGACUCAGAUUAUGCCGUCCAAUAUUUAAUAGUGGGCCCAGAUAUCAUGAAUAAAAUCUUCACUUCGGACGAUCCGUUACUGCUAUCAGCCGCAUGCAAGUAUUUGGUAGCAACAAAGAAUAAAUUGAUGCAGUACCCGCCAACGAACAAAUAUGUUCAAACGCAAAAUCAAUAUAUCAUGGACUUGACGAACUAUCUCUAUAGAAACAAAGUAUUGUCAUCUAAAGCUUUAUUUGGUAUCCCAAUAGAUUUCUUCAAACCGAUUUUGGAGAAUGUUUAUAUUCCAACCGCGGAUUUCAGAAAUUUGAAAUUUUUCACAAUUACUGGUGUACCUGCACUAUCAUAUAUAUGUACUGUCAUUCUCAGAGAGCUGGAAGCAACCCAAAAUACCAGGAUAAAAUUCACUAGCGGCAUUGUAAAUGAGGAGACGUUUAAGGAUUUCGCCCGAACAAAACACCAUGAGAUUGCCCAACACGAUUGGAUUAAGGGUAUAAAUAAUAUUCACGACCUGAGAGUAGAAAUCUUGAAGCAUUUGAGUGACAGCGCUAACCCCUAUAGGGAAAUUUCAAUAUUCUUAUUCACUUAUUUGAAGAGUCUCUCAAAAUAUAAUUCUUAA